AUGAAUAAUCCUUCACAAGAAGCCCGAAUUAUCUCAGCUAUCGAAACUCUUUCUAAAUCCAAAAAGAUAAGUCGUCGGAGUGUUGCUAACCUUUACAAUAUUCCUGAAUCAACACUUCGAACUCGAAUCAAUGGUUCAACCCCGCUACAAGAACGUCGACCAGCAAACCAUAAAUUAACUAAACUGGAAGAGGAAGUGAUUCUUCGAUAUAUUCUCGAUAUGGAUGCACGAGGAUUUGUCCCUCGAGUGAGUGGUGUGGAAGAUAUGGUGAACGAUAUUCUCGAUACUCGUGGAGCACACCAUAUUGGAAAGCUCUGGGUGCAUCGAUUCGUACAACACCAGCCAGAAUUAAAGAUGCGUUUUAAUCGCGUUUAUGAUUUUCAAAGAGCCCUCUGCGAAGAUCCUGAGCUUAUUGAAGGGUGGUUUCGAUUAGUAGAGAAUAUGCGGGCUAAAUAUGGCAUUCAAGACUCCGAUUUUUAUAACUUCGAUGAGACAGGCUUUAUGAUGGGUAUUAUAAGUGCUGGUAUGGUAGUUACUCGAGCUGAUCGAUAUGGUAGAGGCAAGGCAGUUCAGCCAGGCAAUCGAGAAUGGACUACAGCGAUUGUAAGUAUCAAUAAUGUGGGAGAGAGUAUUCCUCCAUUUUUAGUGGUUAAGGGCAAAAACCACCUUUCAAGUUGGUAUACUGAGAGUGAUCUCCUACCUGAUUGGGUUAUCAAAACCACAAGUAAUGGAUGGACGAACAAUGAGACAGGUUUAGAGUGGAUCAAACACUUCAACAAGCAUACUAUUGCUCGAAAAUAA